AUGAACAUCUAUCGAUACAACUUUCUCGCUACACAUGCCUUCUGAAUGUUAAUAAAAUGGAAAAUAUCAAAGGAGCUUGAGCUCGGAGUUUAAAUAAAUAUUCGUUCAUGAUAAAUACGCCCGGUAAUUAAAUGUGCCCUGAAACUAAUGUGAUGUCGACUGUGUGUGAUGGCGGGUAAGGAAUUAGUAAGCCAUCAGCAGCAGUUUGUAGAAGAAAUUAACUACGAUGAAAUUGAAACAGAGCAGGUAGUCGGAAAAGGUUCUUUUGGAGUAGUAUGGAAAGGAAAAUGGAGGGGACAAUAUGUUGCUAUAAAGUAUAUAAACUCAGAAGGUGAAAAAAAGGCUUUUACUGUAGAAGUUAGGCAAUUAUCUAGAGUUGUGCAUCCCAAUAUUGUAAAACUUUAUGGUGCCUGUACUAAAAAUCCAGUUUGCCUGGUUAUGGAAUAUGCAGAAGGCGGCUCCUUAUAUAAUGUUUUGCAUUGCAAUCCUCAGCCACAAUAUACUGCAGGACAUGCAAUGAGUUGGGCUUUGCAAUGUGCACGUGGUGUCGCAUAUCUUCACAAUAUGAAACCAAAACCUUUAAUUCACAGAGACUUAAAACCACCAAAUUUGUUGUUAGUUAUGGGUGGACAAACUCUUAAAAUUUGUGAUUUUGGUACAGCUUGUGAUCUAAACACAUAUAUGACUAACAACAAAGGUUCUGCUGCUUGGAUGGCUCCAGAAGUAUUUGAGGGUUCUAGAUAUACCGAAAAGUGUGAUGUGUUUAGUUGGGGUGUUAUUUUGUGGGAGAUAUUGUCAAGGAAGAAACCAUUUGAUGAAAUUGGUGGUUCAGCUUACAGAAUAAUGUGGGCAGUACACGUAGGACAAAGACCUCCUUUAAUUGAGGGUUGCCCUAAACCAAUUGAAGAUCUCAUGACCAGAUGUUGGCACAAAUCUCCCGAAGAAAGGCCAUCAAUGGAUGCUGUUGUAGAAAUAAUGACGACCUUAUCACAAUUCUUUAAUGGACAUCUAGAACCAGUGGAAUAUUCCCGAAAAGAUGUUGAGUCAGAGGAAGUUAUUGACAACCAGGUUUCUAAAGAUGAUACUUUGGACGUGACUGAUACUAUGGAUUCUGAAAUAAAUGGAUAUGCUGCCAACGGUACUAUUAAAGCUAAUGCACCCGUUUCCAAAGAAAAAUCGGAAAUUUUUAAUGAAAAAAACAGUUCAUCGAAUCCCUUCUACGAUUUCAGGGAUCCACCUCCUAAAAAUAAUAUUUCAGCAAACAAUCCAUCCAAUAAAGAAUUCCAGAUUAAAGAUUUUCCUCAACUUUACGUUGAGUGUGAUCCGAAUGCUUGGGGAUUACCAAGUUCCGACUCACCAUUGGAAUCUCCUAUUCUAAAGAUAAAGAAUACUGCACAAAGUAAUAGUACGACUGACAAGGAUUUAGACAACGUUUAUCGCCUUUUGGACGCGGAUCUGAGGCCAUUGACGCCUGAUCAGACUUGCGAAAGAUCGAAAGAAAUUUUCGAAGAGCACAAACAGCUGGCGCAAGAAUAUUUGAAGGUGCAAACGGAGAUAGCGCUUUUGGGGCAGCACAAAAAUGAAAUGCUAAAAAAUUUGACCAUAGACAGUUUAAGGCAGCAAGAGGAACUCAGGAAACUGGAGGAUGAAAAGGAGUCUCUCAUAAAGCUGUAUCGAAAUUUAAAACGUCAGUUGGAAAUCAUGAAGAAUCAGAGGACGAACAAUGCUCUUUUGAGCAACGCUCAAGUGGGUCCGACAGUUUCCGGAAACAACGGGUGGUUCGUGGUACCUUGUCAAAAUCCUUCAAGACAUUCUUGAAUACCAAGAUUAGACAAGUACAAGCGUUAGACGAGGUUCUUUUUUACAUUAUGUCUUGCGAAUUUCCCCUGCUUUCUUCUUGUAGCGAACACGGGCAACAAUAUCGAUUUUCUCAAUAGAUUUUUCAACGAUAGAUUUUAUUCUAUAAUAUACAAAAGUAAAAAUAAAAGAGAGAGAGAGAGAGAGAGAGAGAGAGAGAAGUUGGCGAUGCAAUCUCUUAAACAUAAAUAUAUAUAUAUAUAUAUUAUAUAUAUAUAUAUAUUAUAUAUAUAUAUAAUAAAAUAUAUAAAAACACUGUUUUCUAUUUGCAUUUGAUUUCAAGAACAUUUAUCGAGACUUCUCCGUUUCUUAAUGAACAAAAUUAUGUAAAAAUUUGAUCAAUAAUAUGCAUAUAUAUUCAGGUAUGUAUAUCUUUCAAAUAAGCAUUACGGGGAAUCUAUCGAAGUAGCUUUAAAUGUGGCUUUAGCUUUUAUCGUGUUUUAAAAUAUAAAACGUACAGGUUUGAAAAAAUACUGCUAUGAGGAAGAUUAACGUAAUUAUCAAUUAUUAUCAAUCAGAAAUCGAUGAUUAGUCAACUGCCUGUGUAAUUUGUUAUUACUACAUUUAUUUAUGUAAGAAUUACCAUUAAUAAGUAAUAAUUAAGGAGGUAUUGUAUUAUUAUUUAUCUAAUUUAUCUAACUUGUCCUUACGUAUAAUUAUUUUUCGUUACAAACUAAUUUGUACAGUCAAUAAAAUAUUCGAUAACUGGUGUCCUCGUUAUAAAAUAUUAAGUACUGUUACUGUAUUUAAUCGAAUACCGAUAAUUGUUCAUUAUGUAAUUUCUAUUUUUUGCCAUAACAUUGUUAAGAUGAUAUUGAAUUAUUGAAAUGAAGUUACAGUAAUUAAAAAUCGUUUCUUCAACGAAACAUGUCUUUUUAAAAUUGUUAAAUAUUUUUGCGUCAAAAGCUUAUGUACCCAUUUAUUAAAUAUACGCGAUAUUUUCUUUUCAUUUCUCUUCUUCGUUUAAUAACUACGAGCGAGUUUUAACCAACAGUAAUAUUAUCAGAUAAUUAAUAAUUCGUAGGGUAACUUCUUGUUUACGUUAUAGUUUUUAUACUAUGAUAUCACUAACAUCACCUUUUAGUAAUAUUCAAUAUUGUAUUUUACGCUUUAAAGGAAAAAAGUUUGAUUAUUAAAAACAAAAUAUAACGAUGUUAACCAGUAAUUGUUCACGGUGCCUCUGGUUUCGCACGGGUCUGACUAUAAGUAUCAUCUUCUACUUAAAGGCAUGAUUUCUUUACAACUUGAUAGAACUUUACUGUACGAAGCAUAAUAAAUAAUAACAUUUAUAAUUUA